UGAGGAAGGCACGGGUCACGGGAUGGCGGGCACCCCGUCCGGCGGUGCUGCUCCGUUCUCCUGUCCCCCCAACUUUACCGCGACAUCCCCAGCUUCAGAGCCCACUCGUUUCUCUCUGGAGGUGUUAAGGGACCCAGAUACGGAACUGUGGCUUAUCCAGGCUCCUGUAGACUUCGCCCCAGACUGCCUCAAUGGCCGGCUGGUGCCUCUCUCGGGCUCCCAGAUUGUGAAGGGCAAGUUGGCAGGCAAGCGGCACCGCUACCGGGUCCUCAGAAGCAGCGGCCCCCAGGCUGGAGAAGCAAUCCUGCUGGCUCCCUCAGGGGAGGCUGGAGGGGGACUCACCUGUGCCCCAGCCCCCCAGGGCAGCCUAAGGAUCUUUGACGGUCCCCAAGAAUCCCCACCCGGGACCCUGCUGCAGCCCAUCCCAGCAAGCCCCCCGCCACAGAUACCCCCUGGCCUGAGGCCUCGGUUCUGUGCCUUUGGAGGCAGCCUACCAGUAACAGGGCCUGGGUCCAUCUUGGCACUGAAGUCGGGAGCCUCAAGGAAGAGGAAGAAGAAGAGACAUACACCAGAAGCCUUAGUUCCCCAGGAGGUGGUUAAUGGGCUUGGGGCCCUGGAGGUGGACACAGUUUUAGGGUCUCCAGAUGGGGACGUGGGGAAGAAGAAAAAAAAGCAGGAGCUGAGGGAACCAGUGGUGAUGGAGCCCUUGGCAGCAGAGCCCAUGGCUGAGACAUCGGAGCCCCCGGGAGCACCGUUCCCGUCCACCACCACCAAGAAGAAGAAAAAGAAGCCCCAAGGGGCAGAAACAGAUGAACCAGAAGAGCAGAAGCCAGCGCCUGAAGAAAAGACAGUGGAGCUGGAACGCACAAUUAAAAAGGAGCCUCUGGAAGAGACGGUCUUGUCUCCCACCAGGAAGAGGAAGAGGCAGAAGGGGACGGAAGGCUGGGAGCCAGGGGAAGGGAUGCCAGCCGAGGCUCUGCUCCCGCUGAAGGUGGAGCCCCAGGAGGAAGCCAUCCCACUGCUCUCGAAGAAGAAGAAGAAAGAAAAGGGGUACAAAGUCAUGAUGGAGCCUGCGACCGAGGCGACAGAGCUGGAGAUGGGCCCUCUGGUGCUCCCAGGGGAGAUAAUGGAGCCCAAACUACCACAUGAAGUUGAGCCUGAGUCUGAGGCUGCUCAGGCAUCCACCAAAAAGAGGAGGAAGAAAGAAAAGUGGCCAAACGCGACGGGGGAGCCAGGGGAGUCUCAGAUGGAGCCUGAGCCGCCUGGGGACCUCGAGCUGCAAACAGGCCUAGCAGCCACCGAGAAGAAGAAGAAGAAAGAACGCGGCCACAAAGCGACGGAGCCAAGGGCCGAGAUGAGCGCCCCACAGGCUGAGGUGUUGGAGCUGGAGCUGCUGGGCGAGGGGGAGCCCGAGGCCAGGGCAGAUCCAGCAUCCACCAAGAAGAGGAAGAAGCGGGGCCGGGAAAGUGGGGUGCCGGAGACGGCGGCCCAGGAGGAGAUGCCCAGACCGCUGCUGCAUCCAGAGUCCGGGGAGGGGGCUCCCGCAGGACGGGAGAAGAAGCAGAAGAAGCUACAGCAGGAUCCCAUGUAGUCUCCUCCUGGGAAACUGAGGGCUACCAUUAAGAAAAGCUGGAGGUGACCACCUGGACCAGCAGAGAGCGAGCACAGAGGACCCUGGUCUCCCCUCCGCCCCGGGUGACUGCCCCGGCACACCAGCAGCAGCCUGGGCCAGGAAAAUGCUUUAUUGUUA